AUGCUUAACACAUACUACUCGAAGUUGCACAUUCUAGUUGUAGUUGUUCCUUUAUCGAAAACUCUACUUCUGUACCCCCUGCGUGUGAUUCAUCCUAGCGGCGACCCAAGGGGCGUUAAAUGGCAGUUUCAUCGAUUAGUCCAAUCCUCUCGCAGCCCAGGGCACAAGGAGCUAAGGAGAAGAGGCGAAAUAGCUUCGAAAAAGACCUCAUUCCGGGCUGUGUCAGGAGAGAAGGAUUCCAACCCACACUUGCCAGUACCAGAACCGAUGGUUAUUCGCUUAGCUGUACUCCAUCACUUUUUUUUUGAGGGCGUGGACCUGCGGAUAGUCCUUCCAGUGGUCUGGGUGAGAGGGGUCAGAACCUGUGGUCAAUUCCUUAAUCUACAUCCGUCAAAAAGAGGAAUUCGGUUUCGCUCAGGGCUCCUAAAAGGGCAUCUUAAAGACUGGGCGGGGCUAAUACCACCUGUGUGGGGACUCACUUUCCUGUUGUAG